AUGGGUAUUAUGAAAAGGCUACUAUUGCAAAUUCUUCUCCUGAUUUUUUUUUGGUGCCAUAUUAAUGGGAAGAAUGGAGGAGAUAUUUGGGCACUUAAUGCUUUGAGUAUUGGUGAAAAACAAAAUAAGGACGAAAAAACGAAUGGGGAUAUAAAAUCGAGUGGAAAUGAAACCGAACGAGGGGAGGUGAAAGAGCACACAUUAGUAAGUGGAAAUAAAAAAGAGCAAACAGACGCACUUACAAGAAAACCGAUUGAAAUUGAAGUAGAUAAAAAGGACAAAACCAAUAGCCAAGAAACGGUGAAAGAAAUUCAUAACAAUAAAAAUGGAGCUCUUGGAAAUAGUAAUUCUGUAAAUAGCAACUCUGAAAGUAGCAACAAUUAUGUUAGUGCUAAUAACCAAAAUGACAAAAGUUCACCAUUCCCUUCUAAGCAUGCUUUCAUACAAAAUAGCGCAGAAGUCCCAUCGAAUCAAGAAAUCGAAAAAAAGGAGGGGGCCACUUCAAAUAAUGAACAAGGAAACACAACUAAGGUGGAAGAAAAAGGAAAAGAAUCUAAGGUAGAAGAAAAAGGAAAAGAACCUAAGGUGGAAGAAAAAGGGAAUGAAACUUCUAAAGAUACAGAGGAAUCAGUGGUUAAGGAAAUAACAGCAAAAAGUGAAGAAAAAGAAAAAAAAAAUGAUAAUAAUAUUUCGGGAUCAACAUCUAGUAACACAGUUUCUUCUAAUUUUAAUGAUAAAAAGGUAGAGGGUAUGAUUAAUGUUUCUAACAAUAGUUCUUUAAAUAAUGAAGAUGUGAUUAAUAUUUCUAAGGAAGAAAAUAAUUCAGAUUUAUAUUUUUUGAAAACAUUAUCAAUAGGAUCAUCGAUAUUUAUGCAAUUAGUAUUAUUACCAUCUGUAUUUAAAAUAUUAAAAAAAAAAUCGACAGGAGAAUCGGAUGGAUUGGCAUAUGUUGUUUUAUUUUUUUCGUCAUUUUUAUGGCUAGUAUAUGGAAUAUUACUAAAUAAUUCGGCAAUUAUUUUUCCGAAUUCAGUUGGAUUAUUAUUAGGGUUAUUUUACUCUAUAAUAUAUCAUGUGAAUUGUAAAAAUAUGUGGUUAAAACAUAAGUUGUAUUCAUAUUAUAAAACUUGUGGAUCCAUAUGUUUUAUGUUAUAUAUAUUUUUAUAUAUAUUGUCAUAUGAACAAUAUGAAUUGUUUGUCGGGUUUAUAGCAUUUGUAUCAAGUAUAGUAAAUUUUGGCGCGCCUUUAUCAUAUAUUCAAACAGUUAUAAAAAAGCGAAACUCUUCCUUAAUACCACUGGAGAUAUCUAUUGGAAGUUUGGUGUGUUCAUUUUUGUGGUUGACAUAUGGGUUCAUAUUAAAAGAUGUAUUUUUAAUAACCCCCAAUUUAUGUGGUUUUGUAUUAAGUAUAUUGCAGAUAGCUUUAAUAUUAUUGUAUUCAAAUAAAGAGGUUUUAUCUAAUAUGGACACAGAAAUUGCUUAUAAUGAAAGGAAUAAUAAUAAUAAUAGUAAUACAAUUAUUCAAGAAAAUAAUGUUUUUUUUAACGAAUUUAAUUUAGAUGAUGAUUUUAAAAUUACUGAAGUGCCAACAAAUUUAAACAAUUCUAUUUUUGAUACCCCAUAUGAUGAGACCUCUCCAUUAACUGGUAAUUUUGAUAUCCAGUUUAAGCAUAAUCAUUUGGAGAGACAAAAUUACCUGAACAAUUCAGAAAAUAAAAAGAACAACAAUAAUCCAGUAUCUUUUUAA